GUGCUUCAAGCAGCUACAUAUAGCAAGUGUUGUAAAGAAUUGUUUGAUUAAAAACGAAAAACAAAAACCAAUCCUUCAAGAUGCGUUUGGGCCAGACUGUACCAAAUUUCAAAGCCGACACCACCAAGGGUCCCAUCAAUUUCCACGAAUGGCAGGGCAACUCGUGGGUGGUGCUCUUCUCGCAUCCCUCCGAUUUUACACCCGUUUGUACCACAGAGUUGGGUCGGAUUGCCGUUCACCAGCCGGAGUUUGCCAAACGUAAUACCAAGUGCUUGGCCCAUUCGGUGGACCCACUGGAAUCGCAUGUUGACUGGGUCAACGACAUCAAGAGCUAUUGUCUGGAUAUUCCCGGCGAGUUUCCCUAUCCCAUUAUUGCCGAUCCCACUCGCGAUUUGGCCGUAAGCUUGGGAAUGUUGGAUGAGGACCAGAAGAAGGAUCCCGAAAUUGGCAAAACGAUUCGAGCUUUGUUUGUCAUCAGUCCCGAUCACAAGGUUCGUCUGUCCAUGUUCUACCCGAUGUCUACAGGUCGCAAUGUUGAUGAAAUAUUGCGUGUAAUUGACUCUCUACAAUUGACGGAUCGCUUGCAAGUAGUGGCCACCCCCGCCAACUGGACUCCUGGCACCAAGGUCAUGAUUUUACCAACUGUUACCGAUGCGGAGGCUCAUAAGCUCUUCCCGAAGGGCUUUGACAAGGUGGAAAUGCCAUCUGGCGUCAAUUAUGUGCGCACCACAGAGAAUUAUUAAUUUUAUUUUGUACAUAUGUUAUAUGGAAAGACUAAAUAUACCAAUGAUUUUUUUAUAAACUCUGAUAA